AUGACCGCGACAAGUCAAUCAACUCCCUUUGGCAAGUCGAUGCUGAAGCAUUGGAUGUUUGAUCCCGCCUACAAGAACCUUAACCAUGGUUCAUUUGGUGCCCAUCCGAUUCCCGUUAAAGAUGCACAGCGUGCCUUCAUGGAUAGCGCCGAUGCGCGGCCAGAUCCAUACAUCCGCCGAUAUCAUUCAGAAUAUCUAGACGAAGCUCGUCAGGCUGUCGCAAAGGUUCUCAAUGCUCAGCGAGAUGAGUGUGUGUUUGUCAAAAAUGCGACUACAGGCGUGGCGACAGUACUGUACAACUUGGCUUUCCAACCGGGUGAGGCACUCAUUUAUUUUGAGCCUGUCUACGGUGCUGUUGAGAAGGGCGUUGUCUCGCUACAAGAGCAUAACUCUUUCCAAUCCCGAAAAGUGUCAUUCCAGUUUCCCAUUACCGAAGACGAGCUAGAACGCCGUUUCCGCGAGGUGAUUCGUCAAACUCGUAAAGAGGGACUCAAGGUCCGAGCCAGCGUUUUCGAUGCCAUCGUCAGUAACCCAGGUGUGCGGUUCCCCUUUGAACGGAUUGCUGCAAUUUGUCGUGAAGAGGGUAUCUUGAGCGUCAUCGAUGCUGCGCAUGGCAUUGGAAAUAUCCACCUUGAUAUGGCGGAGCUACAGCCUGACUUCUUCGUAUCAAACUGUCACAAAUGGCUCUACACACCCCGCAGCUGUGCAAUCCUCUAUACACCCCGACGUAACCAGCAUCUACUCCGCACCACUAUGCCAACAUCUUGGGGAUUUAUCCCAGCACCGGAGUCUCCCGAAACCAUGGCCUCUGUGCUUGAAGACGCCAACGCCCCCGUCACAAAGACUGCCUUCGAGAGACUUUUUGAGUUCGUCGCCACCAGUGAUGACUCCGCGUACAUUUGCGUCCCAGCAGCGCUGAAAUUCCGCGCCGAAGUCUGCGGAGGCGAGGAUGCUAUUAUUGCCUACACCCACCGUAUUGCAAAUGAAGGCGCAGACGCUGUUGCCGCCGCUCUCGGUACUGAUGUCAUGCAAGAGCCUGAUCUGAAGCCUGGCCAGGAGAGCCGUAUGCGCCAGUGUGCUAUGACUACGGUCCGGCUGCCUAUUGCUGUUGCUCCUGCCGGAAAGGAAGCUGACUCUUUCGAUUAUACCCCUUUGGCUGUGUUGUCCGAGGAAGAAGCCCCCAAUGCAUUUUCUUGGAUUCAGACACAGCUGCUGGACAAGCAUAACACUUUCCUGCCAGUUUUCCGCCAUGGACCUUGGCUAUGGAUUCGCCUGAGUGGUCAGACUUACUUGGAGAUAAGUGAUUUUGAAUCUAUUGGGGUUGUCUUGCGCGAUCUUUGUGAACAGGUUGCGAAGGAGUUCAAGGCUUGA